GUUAAAUAAGAUGCAACUAUAUGGGCUCAGUACUCUCUUGUAUUCAAGCAGGGAUAACCAUUUAAGAACGGCUAUUGACUGUAACAUAAAAACCAGAAGUGUCGAAUAUGUUUCUAGCAGUAAUUUUUCCAGUGACAUUGUCAAUCAUUUCAGUAAUGAGCUACGACGAUAUACAGACAUACCGGAUCAAUAUCAAGGUACCUGGUGGUAAAGUCAAUGAGGAUGUUGUUGUUGACAAGGAGAGAAAUGUAAUGACUGUCAAUGUCGGGGACGUGUCUCAGCUGAAAGGCUUCUGGUGCCAAUCAAUUAAUCUUCAUGAUUUUGAAAAGAAAAAAGUUGCCAUCAAGAACAUAGAUUAUGGUAUUUGCCUAAUACUAGAUACAAAGGAAACUUACAGUGGUUCAGUGGAUCUGCUCGACAAAAUUAAAAGGAUGCAAUUCCAACAUGAAAUUAAAGAAGAAAUAAUGGUCCGUGCAAAUCGCAUCACGCAUGAUGAAAUGUUAAAAUUGGCUGGCGAAAAAAUUGCAGACUUUUGUAGAGGUUAUAAACUUUACCAUGGAAAAAGGGUUCACCAUGAUGGUAUGAUAAUAGCAGUCAAAAAUGCGAACCGCGUAAAACGUGCAAUGAAAAAAGGUAUGAGAGAUUGUUCGUGGUGGUGUGGUUCCUGUUCUAUAGCAACGACAUAUUUAAACUAAGGAAGAGUUCAAGAAACAAAAAAGUCAUGGACAUCAAGAAUUCUGUUCCUAUUGACGUUUUGAGUGUGUAAUUUUUACAUUCACAUCGUAAAAUAUGUUGAAACUAUGAAUUUGAUCGUGUUUAUUGUUUAAUAAAAUAUUCAUAAUAACA